AUGCCCGAAAAGAAAGAAAACGAACCAUUGAGUCCUGUCCACUCUCAGACAGGUCAAAUUCUUGAGGACCAAUCCAAUUCUCAUGACGCUGUCUUCGGCGACAUUACCGAUGAUGGUCCGAAUUAUCGCAAUGUCGGAUGGCUAGGAUCUGCUGCUCUGAUGAUGAAAAGCCAAAUUGGCCUAGGUGUUCUGUCUAUUCCAGUGGCAUUCGAUACUCUAGGGAUCGUUCCGGGGGUGAUCUGUCUAUGUGUCAUUGCCGCCAUUACAACAUGGUCGGACUACAUGGUCGGUGUCUUCAAGCUGAAGCAUCGGGAUGUGUACGGAAUAGAUGAUGCCGGGGAGUUGAUGUUUGGCAAAACUGGGAAGAUAUUCUUUGGUUUUGCAUUCUGCCUCUGUGAGUAUACGGAUGCUGAGAUCGACUUUGAGGCUACUAAUUGGGUUUUUGUUGCCGGAUCGGGGAUGCUGGGAAUAUCCAUUGCGUUGAACGCACUUUCUACCCAUGCUACUUGCACUGCUGUAUUUGUGGCAGUUGCUGCUGUGGUGGGCUUCAUGCUUUCUAGCAUCCAGACAUUGGGUCGCAUGAGUAUCUUUGCAUGGGUUGGGUUGGUGUGUAUUGUGACUGGAAUUCUCAUCGUCACCAUCGCGGUCGGAGUCCAAGAUCGCCCAUCGGCAGCCCCGCAGGAUGGCAUUUGGGUGUCUGACUACCAAAUAACGGCUAGCGCUCCCUUCAGCGAGUCUAUCACCGCCGUGUCUUCCCUGGUGUUUGCUUAUGCCGGAACACCGUCGUUUUUCUCGAUUGCGUCCGAAAUGCGCGACCCUCGUCAAUAUACCAAGUCUCUCAUGAUCUGCCAGUCUGUCGUGACUGGCGUUUAUCUGGCUAUCGGUUGCGUGGUCUACUAUUACUGCGGGUCUUAUGUUGCCUCGCCUGCCCUUGGCUCGGCCGGCCCGACCAUGAAGAAGAUUAGCUAUGGCUUCGCCCUGCCCGGUCUCCUUGUCACAACGAUGCUUGUGAUUCAUCUCCCCGGCAAAUACAUUUUCCUUCGUCUCCUUCAAGGAUCCCGCCAUCUGACAGCCAACACCAUCACUCACUGGGUAGUCUGGCUCAGCUGCACAUUCGGUAUCACGUUGAUUGCCUAUAUCAUCGCCAGCGCCAUCCCCGUGUUCGACAACCUUGUUUCUCUUAUCGGUGCCUUGCUGGGCACUCUCAUGUCAUUCCAGCCCAUGGGUUGCAUGUGGCUUUAUGAUAACUGGAGCCAGGGGACGAAGGAACGGUCGCCUCGGUGGAUUCUGAUGGUCUGCUGGAGUUCGUUCGUUAUCUUGGUGGGGACCUUUCUCAUGGUCUCCGGCACAUAUGGAUCCAUCGUGACCAUCAUCGACAGCUACAAUGCAUCCGGAGGAUCGGCGGCCUGGUCAUGCGCUGACAACUCAAACUCGACCUGA